GCUUUUCGUCCGCGGCAUUUGUCAUACGCGCGUGGUGGUCUGUAAAAUUUCUUGAUUGUGUGCCUGUGUUCAUUUAGUAAUAUAACAAGGAUAAAACAAUGAAAACAGAUUUGAUGGAAGGAGUCACUUUUCGUUGAAGAUGCUGGAGAAACCUUUGGACACCUUAGGUUUUCCCCUCUGUACCCACUAUGAUAUGUUGGGCAUCAGUCUCUCAGUGUUAGCAUUACUGCGCGACAGUUCUAGUUGCCACACACCAACUCAUCCAAAACACAAGGUACAAAGAUAAUCAAAGUUGGCAGAAAGUUAUAAAAAGGGAAGAACGAGGAAUAAACUAACAAAAUUUGGUAUGACGGUUAAGAUGUCCUUAACGGAUCAGUUAAGAGCUUUGGCUGUCCCGAUUACAUCUAGCUAUGUGGUUGAUAAUGUUCGUCGCAAAUCCUUAAUUUACGAAAAUGCUUCGAAAAUUGACACUCAGUCUUGUUACUCAAACAGUGUAAAGUCGUUUAAAAAACUGUGCAAAAUAGAAAGUGCUUUUAUUCCAUUCGAGAAUACACUAUUCGCUGUAACUUCAUGUCAGUUGGAAAUGUGCAAUCUCUUAGCACAGGAAAAAGAAAAGCUUGAUGAUGAAAUAUCGAAGUUUCUCUGUUACAUUUCAUCCUUUCUGAAACAUUUUUUCGCUGUCGAAGCUUUGGAGUGGCUAGUGUACAAAUUUCAAAUUCACCUUCAUUACGUUGAAGAUUUCAUCCGUUGCAUCAUCCCAUACCAUGAAACUGGUCUGUUCGUCAAAUUCAUCCAAAUUUUGAAUUUUAAGCAGUUGCCUACUGGUUUCCAAUGGUUGAAACCAUAUGCUGAGAGCGGUAAAAGUGUAUCACGACAAGAAUUCACUCGUUUGUGUCUUCGAGAACAUACUCUUAUUCCAUUUAUCUGUACAACUGUCAUCAGUUACGUUGAUCAUUGUCGGAAUUUGGUGCCGUCAAGGUUGAAUGACAUGACAAAUUUUAUAUUAGGGAUUGUAACUGCGUUAUGUGACUCUGGUACAUCCGAGAAAAAGCUUAUCGAGGUGUUGGAUUCUUUUCAGGAUGUUAUAAAACAAGGGCUGCAAUCUACAAACGUUAUUCCUUUUCAGUGUGCAACAUUUUUAAUUGUGUUACGUUUCAGUUUAAGGCUGGUAAUUAAUCAAGAGCUGGUCCUUGACUGGAUAGCUUGCAUUUUGAAGAAAACUCGCGUUUCUGGUGAGUGGGAAUCAAUGCGUAUUGUUAUGCAAUUGAUGCGAAAUCAGCGUAUUCUUUUAUUACCUCCAAAACUCGCGGAACUACAGAGUGCAUUACUUUCCAAACUAUCUUCAGAAGAGCGGCGCAUAAUAGAAGAGGAACAGUCAGCAUUGAUUAAUGAUUGUGAAGAUCCCAACAAGUUGGCGGCGGAAUGUAUGCAAAAGUUUGAUUAUGUUCGAAAGGCUACACAGUUUGUUGAUAUUAGUGUGAAAAAUGAAGCAUUGAAAACUACAAAACAAAUCGGUGCAAACGACAUCUCUUUUAAAGAUGAGCUUAGACCAAAAAUUGAUGAAAUUCAUGCAUUCCUUUCAAGUAUCCCGAAUGUGGGCUGUUGUGUAAUGAAUUGUGUAUCGUCUUGUCCCAGUGAACCAUUACCAAAAACUGAAUGUUGGCUAUCCGAUGUGUUACUUGAUAUAUUUCCCAGUGAAACCUUCAGUCAACGUGAUUCUGAGCAGGAUAGAAUGCAUUAUUCAAAAGUAGAAAUUCGGCAUUAUAUUAGGCUGCUGAGAUUGGCUAAAUCUGCAAUAAAGGUUCAUCUCGAUUCUAGCAAAGACGUACAGACAACAGCAGAUACACCCAAUGCUCCUAAACGGAAAUCCUUCCGCAAAUCACUGGCAUCCUCUUAUGAUUUGUUACAAAAAGGCAUCGAUAAUGCCUUACCACUUUUGGUUGCCUCCUUGUCACAUCCUGCUGCAGCCGUUCGUGUGGAAGCCUACGAUAUUUUGCGAUUUUGGUUCCAAGGGGAUGCAUCAAAAGAUACUAGUCAUGGAUCAAAUUUCUCUAUCUUUUGUACCGCUGUCAAUUUGAAGUCAAAUUUUGUGGCGCAUAUAGACGAGAUGUUCUCUGAUGAAGUAAGAGAGCUACUUUUUGGCGAUCCAUUGCAUUCGCUAAACAGAGCAGCUUCUCUGUUGAUUAAAGGUGUUGUCCAUUUGCUCUUUAGUCAACCUUUAAAACUGGACGAUUCAGACGGCAAACUGGAGGAUAAGUUGUCGAUCGUUUGUUGGAUGUUUGGUCUUCGUUUACUAAACGAAGAUACUGUGAAUGAAAUCCUGCUAAUUCCAUGUAAUCAAUCUGAGGAUUCUGUGAGAGGUUGGUCUGGCCUUUUGAAUGUGAUACGUUGUCCACAUGAACCUUUUACUGACCUACAUUGUCUGUGUUUGAAACGACUCAAUGGAGCAUUAUUCUUGUCUCUGGAACACUUCACUGUUACAAAUGAUAUCAAUCAUGGGCGAACAUUAGCUUCUUGGAAGAUGCCUUCUCAUAUACAGACUUUGCGUAAGAAGACAUCGAGUGUGGAUGCUUAUCAUGGACCUCAGUUUGACAUACUUGAUGCAUUAUAUCAUCUUGGUCAUAAUAGCGAAUAUUCUGAUUUCGAUUCUAUUCACAAAGUACUUUCUCGUCUAAAUCUGAAUGCGGAACAUUUCGAUUAUAUGUUUAUCAAGUCGGAUCCAUCGAGAACGGUUUCCAGUGACGACAGAUCAUUAUUUGCUCGAGUUGCAGAAGCUCGUGAAUCGCGUAGGCGUAGUCUACGUCUACGACAAGCUAAACACCUUGAUCCGGAUUCAAGAAAUGAACAAGUGCAGAAUAAGCAAUCAUGUUCUGAUAGGAUUCGUUUACGAUUUCUAAGUAUAUUGCUAUCCAUCCUCACUGAAGCUAUACCACGAUUACAAUCACAAGAAGUUGCUUCUGUAGUCCAGAGUAAAUCGAAGUCCAACGAUCUGAAUACAUCAGUAACAACAGUCGUGGAAACAAGAUCCUCAAUCGUUGAUGGGAAGAAACCAAAAGAUCAGAGUUUACCAAUGAAUGAUCUGAUCACUCCACUAGUUAAUCAUCUAACUAGCAUGUUGAAUAUGGAGCAACAUUUAAAACAGACAGCUUUAAAUGCAAAUAAAACAAAUAUUCUUGAAGAAUCUGAUACGGAUAGUGAUAUGGAUUCUUUACCAGAUAGUAUGUCUGAUAUUCAUUUGGAUCAGAAAGCAGACGAUAUAUCAAUUUCUGAUAAUAAUACUUGUAUCCGACCUCUCUUACGUCAGUGUGUUUACAAACUUCUGGUUUGCACUACAGCUAUACUUGCUGAAGGGAAUCGAAUCAAACGACUGCGUAGAAAACGUCCCCAUUGGAAAGCUUCAGCAGAUCAUACGGGUUUACUUUAUGGAUUAGCGGCUGCACAAGUUGCUGUUGAUCCAAUUUUCCUUUGCCUCACCAUAUAUCCUGACUGGCCGGCCUUACAUCAACAAGUUCUACUUUGCUUCAUUGAGCUAUCAGUUAUGUUUCCUAGUGCUUUAUGUCAGCAUUUGGUAUCUUUGGUGCAAUGGGUAGCGUGCAAUCGUCAGCUUAUGCGUUUGGAUAAUGCUCAUAAUCUCAGUAUAUUGGGACGUCUUAUAUUAGUAACUGUUCCAGCUCUUAUUCGAGCAUCAUCUGAACAAAUUUCUGCUGGUCUUUAUGUUCUAUACCUCUUUGUAAUCAAGUUUAGCGAUUUUCCUAGUGAUUUGAGUCGUCGCCGAUUAGCACUGUACACAGUUCUAGUACGUGGCUUAUCUCAAGUAACUGGACCAUUUAUGACGGAUAGUGAAAUUAAUCAGUGUGGUUUGUCAAAAAUGCCUAUAGAUGAAGAGAAGUCUACCAAAACGUUGGAGACACUCGAUCGUGGAGUUGAGUCAAAGGGCUUGUUACGCCCUAAAGAUAGUUGGCUUGGAAGUUGGUUAUGGGUUACUUCACUCAUAUUUUUGAAUAAGAAUUGGCAAACAGAAUCAACUGCUGACGAGGUUGGACCAUUCCUUGUCGAUUUAUUUUGUCACUUUGGAUGGAACCAUGCAGUGGCUGGACUAUGUGAAUGCUUAGAUUUCUUGAUUUAUCUGUGCAUGAAUUCUUGUGACUAUAAGAAUCGUCAGAUCAAUAUAUCAGAAAGUUGUGGUUCACUUAGCAUCGAAAUAGGCUAUCCUCAAAAACGGCGAAAGUUAAGUUCAUCAAGCGUUAAUCCAAGCGAGUCUCCAACAAAUAACUCUUCACUUACUGUAGUUGGAUCUCAAUCAAAUAAAGAUAGUAUUGGUCCAUCAACAUCAUUCAGUCGACUAGCAUCUUUUGUUUUUAAUUCCGAAAAAGUGGUUAAAACGAACGAGCUACCAUCUAAGGCAUUAAAUAUUCCAAAUGUGGUAACCUUGAAUGAAAUAUGGCUCCUAGUUAAUCGAACUAUCCAGUUCAUUGUUGUAUUGAUAAAAACUCCUGACUAUUGUACUAAAGUUCAAGAAGCUUUUAAAGAUCCAUCCGGUUUGAGUGCUGUUUACGGCCGGUUGGUGGAACAUAUCGUUCAAUUAAUGUUGAUUGUAGCUACUUUUAUAACAAAAGUUAAAAAGUCGGAUGAUAAAAUGUCACAAGUCAUUGCUUGUUCCGAUGAAGCAUUACAUGGUCUACAGUCAAUAUUGGUCCAGAUCUUAGACUCUGUACCUGGUCAGGUAUUCAUUUCUAUGAUCUCGAAUUUGUUCGCAUCAGAUAAUCGUGGACUUCGUCGAAAGUCAUUGGAUUUGUUAUCUGCCAAAUUAUCAAGUCUAACUGUAAACAUUCAUCCAAUUCCAAUUUUGAUUGACUGCAAUAAAAUGAAUUAUAAAUCUUUUUUGAGAUCUCACAAGCAGUUAGUUAGUCGAAAUCUUGUCGAUUUGGAGGAUACAUUGGAAGUUGGUUUGGUUCAGUUUACUGGAAAACUAACCUCAUUUUACUGUUUGAAAAAUACUCACUUAGAUGAUAGCCAAGUGUCAAAAUCUACCAAUGUUUUUGGAUCAUCUUUCUCACGACAAUGUCUGGCGUGUCUGAGAAGUCUAGCCAAAUUACUGGCUUAUCGAUAUCCUGGGGAAUUUAUGCGUGCUUUAGAUAGUUUGAUGGCAAUUCCAAACAAUUGGUGGAUAACUGUCAGCUCUAAAAAUAUGCAUGAAGUCUCGAAUGAGACUACAGGUCAUAGAUCUCUUGAUAUUGUGAAUUCUCCACGUGAACAUCAUUCUGGAUCAUCCCUUGCUGAGUCAAGAUCUUUAGCUUGCUUAUUUUUUGUCGAAUGUCUUCAACGUUUACCACCACAAACUUUAUAUCCAGAGGCUAGUGCAACUAUAUCUCGUUUGAGUUGGUUACUCUCCUUUGCAUUAGAUCAUGCUUGUACAUGUACAGUAUUUAUCCCUUCACCAAAGUUAUCUACACAAAGAUAUGCUUCUGUUAACUCUCCAUGUAAAUCAGAUAGUCACUUUACAUUAAUAACUGGUUCAAUGCAUUCAAGAGAUCAACAUCUAUUGGCGGGUCUUACGCUUAUCAGCAAUCUACUAGAAGUAGCCAUUAUUCAUCGCUUAUGCUAUCAAUCCAAAGGUGAUCACACAAUAGAAGAUACAGAGUCAGCAAUUGGAAAGUGGUUGGAGUUUGGGAGUUCAACGAAGAAGAAAGCGACACAUUCUUCAGUCUCAGAACCUGCUGCAAUCACUCUACUAAGCUUUUUGUUUCAACUUCAGAAAGGCAACUUAUCUGUGCUUACUGGUUGUAAUCCGGAACGUUCAGGUCAUAUACUUCGUCAGAUCUCCAGUCUUGUUAAUCAUAUUCAUCAACUUUUGCGUCAUGUGACAGAGGUUAAUUAUCUGCUCACAUCAAUACAACGUGUGAUUGAAAAAGCCUCAAAAGAAAGUAAUGAUGUUAUACUCCAUGGUGCCUUGUCUUUUCUAUCUGAUUUCGGGGAGUCCAUGGCACCCAUUAAUGAAAAUGGUUUAUUGUUAUCUAAAAAUGAAGACCAACUUCACUCUUUUGCAGUGAUGCAUGCAACACAACCUGAUUUAAUAUGGCGGUUACUUCGUAAUUGUUUACGUUCAGUUGUUAACAGUAUGAAUACAAGGGAAUUCCAGAAUACUUUAGAAGUUGAAAAUAAUGAUAUGCUUUUAUGCCUGUAUCGUUCCGCUGCUAGUCUGAUCAGUUCGCUACCAGAUGAAGAUGCUCGUUUUCGAAUUUGUCAGCAGUUGUUUGCAUGGGCUAAUUGUCAGAGUGGUGAACUACAACUUCAACAACCUGACUCUGAUAAUAUGGAGCCAGUAGAGGUCACCGACCAGUUGUUAUCACGUUUGUCAAUUGUUUUCAGAAUAAUAGAAAGAAUUCCGAAUUACAUGAAUGCAGAAGAAUUUUCUGAACUGAGCAAACAGUUAUUCUUAGUUGAUUCUAUCGUCCUAGUCUUCAUUGUUGCUGUCGGUCGUAAAUUCAAAGGUGCUAAAAAGCUCGCCAACCGACUAAGCUUUACACAGUCGCUUCGUUGUUAUGCCAAUGGUGCUUCGCUCAAAGCUAUAACUUGUGUUCGCUCUUCAUUGUCUUGCUUACAUAAGUGGCUAGUUGGAGAAGUGAAAAAUGUUGCAUGUUUGGAUGCAGCAUCAGCUGGUGAAUCAACACUAUUCAUCCCAUCUGUUUUAAUUGGGUUACUUGAUAUGUCUUCCUCAUCAUCAUCCAGUACACCGCCGGUGACUGAAAUUGAUCUACAGGAUAUUUUGGGUUCUUUUCUGGAUGCCGUUUGUGGGGAUGAAGCUUAUCUACGUCCACUUGGUUCUGCAAUAACUGAACGUAUUAUGCACUCCUCAUGUUGGCGUACUCGAUUAGCGGCUAUUCGACUGCUAAAAUGUGUAUUCAAUCAUUCAAAUGAUCAAGCAACUGGUAAUAAUGAAAACGUUCCAAUGGAUUCAAAACUGUAUGGUCCUGUCAGUUGUAUUGUUUCAGAUUCCCUUUUGGCUCUUUCAGAAGCUUUAGAAGAUGAUCGACCAGAAGUGGAGGCUGAAGCCAACAAGCUAUUUGCUGAAUUAGAACAAAUGGGUCUGACUGCUACAGAAACAAGAACUACCACCUAACCAUUGUCACAACCUGGAAUGUGUUCAAUCUAGAAAUAUUUAUUUCGACCUAAAUUCCUCUGUACAGUGUCCUCAUGUACUUUUCAGCCGAUGUGAAGAGAACUACUUUUAAGAGUGAUAGUAUUUUGUAUAGUAUAUCGUCUUACGUCUUGAUCAAUCAUAAUUUUCUUGAGAUAUGGUCUACUUUGCUUUUAAAGUAUUUUUGAGAAGAGAAUAAGCAGCGG